AUGGACCUUCCAAUUCUUAGCUACCAGGACACCCUGGAGAGGCUCCCACCCCCCGUUCUAGAAACAGAUUUAGCCGAGAGAAUUAACUACCAGGUCCAAGGACGGCAUUUAGGAACAUUGGUUAUUCUCGAUGAUGAUCCGACAGGUACUCAAACGUGUCACGGCAUUAAAGUCCUCACCACUUGGGAUUUGGAUAUUCUAGUAGAUGAAUUUCAGUCCCACCCUUCAGGCUUUUUUAUCUUGACCAACUCCCGCGCAUUGCCAUCCGGCGAAGCUUGCGCCCUCGUUCGUCAAAUUUGUAAAUCAGUUCAGCAAGCAGCUUACAUCGCGAAGAAAACCUUUGAGAUUGUUCUGCGUGGAGACUCGACUCUUCGAGGGCAUUUCCCUAGCGAACUCGACGCGGUGGAGGAUAUUAUCGGCAAAGCUGAUCUCUGGAUUUUUGCCCCCUUUUUUUCUCAAGGGCAUCGUGUGACUAUCGAUGACGUCCAUUACAUUACGGAUAUACAGUCAGACAAGUUGAUCCCCGUAGCCAGGACUCCCUUUGCGGGUGACGCCACGUUCGGUUAUCGGAAUUCAAACCUCAAAGACUACGUGCUGGAAAAGUCAGGAGGCCAGAUAGCGACAAGUGCUAUAUUUUCAAUCUCAUUACAAGAUUUGCGACUAUCAGGUGUGUCAGGCGUGACACAAAAGUUGCUUAGUAUGCCACCCCGGUCUGUUGUUAUUGUGAAUGCAGUGGCCGACGCAGAUAUGGGGAUCUUUGUUCAGGGUUUGCUUGGAGCGAAGGCCGUCGGAAGAAAGUGCACUUACCGCACAGCCGCGUCAUUCGUCUCAACGCGCCUAGGAAUCCAGCCAACUCCGCCAAUCGGUAUUCAACAAUUCCCGAGAGAUGCUUCUUCUAGCAGCACUGGCGGGCUAAUUUUCGCUGGAUCCUAUGUACCUACCACUACCAGGCAGCUGACAUCCCUCAUCGAUGGACGCGGGCCAUUGCUUGCCACUGUAACCUUGGACGCGGAACAAUUGCUUGCGGACAAUGAGCGUGCACGACACGCCAUUCUUCAUGCUGUUCGUUCUGUUAAUCAUCACAUAGCCAAUGGAGAAGACACCCUGGUAAUGACGAGCCGGAAAUUAAUUGUUGGCGAUGACGGUCAUGCGAGUUUAAAUAUCGGAGGUAUAAUCGCCGAAGCUUUAGUGGCAGUCUUAUCUGCAUUAGAGACAAGGCCGCGAUAUAUUAUUGCCAAGGGAGGGAUAACUUCCUCCGAUGCUGCGACAAAAGGGUUGCGUAUACGACGUGCCAAAAUUCUGGGGCAAGCAGCUCCAGGAAUACCACUAUGGAAAUGUGAUGAACCUGGCUCCAAAUUUCCUAACCUACCCUUUGUCGUUUUCCCGGGAAACGUUGGCUCGGAUACAACACUUAGAGAUUUGGUUGCUGAUUGGGCUAGAGAGCUUUAG